UUCUGGUUCUGAUAGACAAUCUUUAUCCUAACAGGUACUCCAAAGAAGAUGAAGAAGGGAGGCAAAGCUCCACCUCCGGUAAAUCGACAAGAAAUGCAGAGGAGAGCAUCGGGUCCCGUUCCGCCUCCAAACACCACAGCAGCUGGUUUACAUCCCGGAGCCCAACCGCCAAUGAGUUCUGGACCGGGUCCUAGUCCAUUCUCACAGGGUCCACCCAGCACAGGUCAUCCUACUGGUCAUCCACCUGGUCAGUUGCCUCCAGGACAGCCUCCUUCAUCAAGACUGACCAAUGGUCAGAACCAUAUACCAGCACCAAGACACAGUAGCUUGCCAGCCUUACCAGACCGACCUAGUAACAAAGCAGCCCCUCUUCAAAAGAGGAAUCAACGAAAGGUUCUGACUUCACCACUGACAUCACCGGGUCCUCUCACAUCACCACACACUACUACACAGGGCAGUACUGCUUUUCCUUUGCCAUCACCAACUCUUCCACAAACCAAGCCACAAGGGGUUGCCCCUUCGCAGUCCAAGCCACCUCCUGUUUCCAAAGCUACACCAGUGGUUCCCUCUACGGUACCGUCAGCAGCGCCUCAGCCUGCACCGGUAGCUGUGCCUAAACCCAAAUCAGAACCAGUAGUAAAGCCACCCAAACCUGCUCCCAAUCUAACACCACCUGCAGCUGCCGUUCCGCCACCAUCAUCAACCAAAACCUUGCCACAACAACCACCACCUCAGCAACCUCCUUCACACCACUCCCCACAGGCAACAUCAAAGCCUCAGUCCAAACCACCACCAACAGAUAUCCCCAAAACCCAGUCCCCUGCAACUCAGAGACCAGUAGUGACGGACAUCAAGAAAACGGCUCAACGCUCGGGAACGCCACCAUCUCAGCCACCAGUCAAACCAGAUCAGGCAUCCUUAACCCCACAACCAACCAUCCUCCCCAAGGUGGAGGAUAAUCCAGUGUCAUUCAUGGUCGGUGAUGAUGAUGGAGAAUCUCGGUCUACGAGUCCUGUUAUCCCUGGACUCAAGGCAGAAGAAAGUAAUGGAAAACCAGGUUCUUCACAUCCAGAGGGCGGUUUGACUCCAAGUGGAAGCUCAGAAAGUUUAUCCAAGAUGGACCAGAAAGCUAGCUCUAAACAAAAGAAGGAUAUGAAGAUAGCAAACCAUGGUUCAUGGUCAAAUCUGGCAAACACGCUGUCUUCAAACAAGCCUUCUAGUAAUCCCACCAGGACAUCACAAAGCUUUGAACUCUUCAAGAAAGCAGCCAAAGAAAAGGAAGAGAGGGCUCGUCAAAUCAAACAGCAGGAGGAGAUGAGAAAACAACAGAAACACCUGCAAGAACAGGAACGAGCAAGACAGGAAAGAGAAAGACAAAGGGAGAAGGAAGAAGAUGAAGCUUUGGAGAGAGCGAGGAAUUCCCAACAAGUAGAGGCAAAGAGAACGCAAUCAAUGAAAGAAAGAGAGAGACUACGGGAACAAGAGAGAAGAAAAAGAGAAGCCAUGGCUAAUCACAUUGAUAUGAAUCAACAAAGCAACAUCAUGGCAACAUUUGAAGAAACUUUGUAACAGUAACUUCAGGGCAUCAUGGUGGCAACACCUUGGCAACCUAUGUAGAAGGUUUGUUGCAGAAUCACUGACUUGAGAGCAGUGUUGAGGGGAUUCUUGAAGACACGUUGUUGAAGCAUCACUUGUGACCUGAGGGCAACAUCGUGGCAACAUAUGAAGAAACGUUGCAGAAUCAUCCCGAUUUGAGAGCAAUGUUGAGGACAUGUUUGAAGAAGCAUUGUCGCCGUGUGUGUUUUGACUUGCGGGUAUUAUGGUGACAACAUCCAAAGGAUGUGUUGUAGCAAAGAGAUGUUGUUGCGGAGCUAACCGUUGCUUCAGAUCGAUGUCUUGGCCGCUUCAUGAGCAGAAACAAAGCAGAAUCACUUGUGCCAUGAGAGCGGCAUUGAAGCAACAUUCAUACAAUUAUUGUACUGAUGUCUCUUGUAAAUUGUAUGAAGUAUUUCAGCAACAAAAUUAGAAACAUUGAGUUUGAUUUCUGACUUGACAGGAAGAUCAUAUCAAGGCAAUGUUCAUAAGAACAUUACAAUGGUACAUCUUGUGACCUAGGAACAACCUUUGCCACAGGAUUCCCUUUGACUUGAAGACACUGGCUUAUUCAGGAGAACAUUGCAGUGGUUGUACUUUCAACAUCAGACCAACGUCACUUCAACAUUUGAAAGAUACUCUGUAGCAGAAUUACUUUUGACUUGAGAACUAUCUUAUUGAGACCAGCAACACCAGGUCUAUCAAUACCUACCUGGCCCUUGCCAUUGGAAUGAGAUGCAGCAUUGUGUUGCCAUGACAUUUUAAUAUUAUCAUAAAUUGCUGCACAUCAUACAUUCGCAAUCCGUAGAUAAUUCUUGUUCAUUAUUUGUUUAGCUAGUAAGUAUUUAGGUGUUGUGUACAUCAGAGAUUAUCACACCGGCAUGUGUUUCUUUAGUCAAUAACAUGAAUGUAUGCAUUGAGUUUCUUUUAAUGAUUUGUGUAUAUUGUAUGUCGUGUAGAAGAUGAGAAUUUAGUAAAACAAUCCUCAGAUAUGGCAUGUAUGUAUGUACAUAAUGUACAAAGCUUCAAAUGCCACUAUCAAAGGUCACAAACUUCACAGAUUACUCAAAACUCAUAUCAGGCAACCUUGGAAGUCAACAAGAAAACAACCCAGAUUUGGAAUUCCUCGUUAUCUCUUCAGUUUGUGGUUAUACAUAGGUUGGAAAAGGGUGGUUUGUCUCUUACUUGUAUCUAUUAAACCUAGUAUUAAAACCCUGUCUAUGUCUUUAGGAAGAACUUGUAAAUAUUCUCUGCCACUUGUAUACUAUCAAGAGUCAACCAAAUGAGAAUAUAUAAUGGUAUUUAGUAUUUACAUUAUUUCUUAUAUUGUUAAUGCAUUUAACAAUUCUCUGGAUGCUGCCCCUUCAGAAUCCAUUACAUCUUUAAGUUCUACAAUAUUACUGAUGUAGAAAAAAGGUAAAAUCAUAUUUUGAUUCAGACAAAAGCGUAACAAGAUGUAGCAACAAUGGCAAACGGGUUUGAUUAUUAGUUUAAAAACCAUUUCAAUUCAACUUUGUAUAGUCCCAUACAUGCCUUUCUUUGUUUUAUAUGUAUGACAUACAAAUCCUUAGGUGCAUUAUAAUCAUUUCAAAUCACUAUGAGACAGUUCGUCCACAAUCUCUUCACCAGAAUAUUUCUUUAGCUCCAACAGUCAUGGCUUAUAGAUUUAUAAGAGGGUCAACAAUCCCUUAUUUGUUUACAUUGUUGUAUUAUCCAGUGACAACUUUAUUUUUAUCUGAUGCUUUCUUGUAACCAGUCAUAUAGAUCUAUUGCAUGAUAAUGCUGGUGCCAAAUGGUUCUUGGUAUUGAAGAGGGAUGAUAAAUCCUUGUAUUUCAAAUUUAACAGCGUUCUAGUAGACCAAAUGAUACACCCGCCUACCAUCCGUUAGUCUUCAUUCAAAUGUAGGUUGUGGCUUCGUCUUUCUUGUUUGUAAAAAUCCAGAACGAAUCUAUGGUGUUGUGGGGGAUUUUUUAAUGAAAUAUUUAGUUAAUUGGUUAUUUUAACCCCCAUUUAUAAUACACUGUACUUUCAUUAUCAAUAUGCUGUCAAAGGAAAUCUGUAUUUUAUUGAAGCAUGCAUUGCCAAACCUAUUGACUUGCUUACUUUUUUGUAUAAAUACAAUCAUUUUUCUCGUACAAAAAGUAUUCUUGUGACGGAAUGUUUGUAUGGUGUCCAUGACCUGGACCAAUGUAUACGGAUCGGACUCAUAAAUGAUGGUAUAGGAUGAACUUGACUAAAAUCACAUUUGUCUUUGUAUGUAUUUAUCAAUGUAAGGAGGUAUAUAUGUGUAAUAGUUGGUUGUGGUGUGGACGAAAGCUGAUUGUUAGUUAAACAUUGAAGCAAUGAGUCACAUGUGAGAAUGAGAAAAAGAUAACUUGGUGCCUCUAGAUAUUUAAAGUUGAUUAGUUAUGUGUCGGCCUAAUAGCUUCUAUGGCUUGUAUAGACAGUGUAAUAUUUUAUUAAGAUGAGACGCUAGGGAGUAUAGUAUUUGUUCAUAUUUAUAGCAUUGU